AUGACGGCCAAACCUCUGGGACCCCUCUCCGGAGGCAGCAACGAGAACACUAGAACUGUUCUUAGAGUCACCAUCUUGUCUCUGAUUGCAGCUGCCGCUGUUGCGAGUCGUCUCUUCUCCGUCAUUCUCGACCCCUGGUUUAACUUCAGAGCUACGAAAUAUCUCGUCGCCAAUGGAUUCUAUAAGUUUUGGGAUUGGUUCGAUGACCGCACCUGGCAUCCUCUCGGUCGGGUUACUGGAGGAACUCUCUACCCUGGUUUGAUGGUAACCAGCGGCGCCAUCUACCAUGCACUCCGAGCUCUUACAGUCCCCGUCGAUAUCCGCAACAUCUGUGUCCUUCUCGCACCCGCCUUCUCCGGGCUUACCGCUUACGCCGCGUAUCUCCUCACCAAUGAGAUGACCACAUCGCCUUCGGCCGGCUUGCUCGCGGCCAUCUUCAUGGGUAUCGCGCCUGGUUAUAUCUCUCGAUCAGUUGCCGGCAGCUACGACAACGAGGCUAUCGCCAUUUUCCUUCUCGUCUUUACCUUCUUCCUGUGGAUCAAGGCAUUGAAGCUGGGUUCCAUGCUCUGGGGAGCCCUCUGCGCCCUGUUUUACGGCUACAUGGUUGCCUCGUGGGGUGGUUACGCCUUCAUUACCAAUAUGCUGCCCCUGCAUGCCUUGACCUUGAUCCUUAUGGGUAGAUACAGUACGCGUCUCUACGUCAGUUAUACCACCUGGUAUGCCCUUGGAACUCUGGCCAGCAUGCAAAUUCCCUUUGUUGGCUUCUUGCCCGUCAAGACCAGCGAGCACAUGCCUGCUUUGGGUGUCUUCGGUUUCCUGCAGCUCGUUGCCUUCAUCGACUAUGUCAGAGGCGCUAUCCCCAGUCGCCAGUUCCAGACCUUCGUCUACACUUUCCUGGCUGCGACUUUUGGCGUUGCGCUCGCUGGCUUGGUGGCUCUGACCUCUUUCGGUUACAUUGCCCCUUGGGGUGGUCGUUUCUACUCUCUGUGGGAUACUGGAUACGCCAAGAUUCACAUCCCUAUUAUCGCUUCCGUCUCUGAGCACCAGCCUACCGCCUGGCCUGCCUUCUUCUUCGACCUUAACAUGCUGGUCUGGCUCUUCCCGGCUGGAGUUUACCUUUGCUUCCAGAACCUCAGGGAUGAGCAUGUCUUCAUUGUCGUUUACGCCCUUUUCGGCACAUACUUCGCUGGUGUCAUGGUACGCUUGAUGCUCACUCUGACCCCUGUCGUUUGUGUUGCGGCGGCCAUCGCGGCUUCGCAGAUCCUCGACACCUACCUGGUCGCCAAGUCACCUAACCCUGAGGACUACAAGCCUGAGGACGCCGUCGAGGGAAACCCCAAGAAGGCUGGGAAAGGUGGUCUCAAAUCGACUAGCAAGCCCGUCGUUGGCAUAUACACCUUCCUGUCCAAGGGAGUUGUUGUCGGUGGCAUGUCUGUUUUCUUGCUUCUCUUUGUGCUUCACUGCACCUGGGUAACCUCCAACGCCUACUCUUCCCCCUCCGUUGUUCUUGCUAGCAGAUUGCCCGAUGGCAGCCAGCACAUCAUUGACGACUACCGUGAGGCCUACCAGUGGCUGCGCCAGAACACGAAAGAGGACGCCAAGAUCAUGUCUUGGUGGGACUACGGCUACCAGAUUGGUGGCAUGGCCGACCGCCCUACCCUCGUCGACAACAACACCUGGAAUAAUACUCACAUUGCAACUGUUGGAAAGGCGAUGAGCUCUCGUGAGGAAGUCAGCUACCCCAUUAUGCGUCAGCACGAGGUCGACUACGUCUUGGUGGUGUUUGGUGGUUUGUUGGGCUACUCCGGAGACGACAUCAACAAGUUCUUGUGGAUGGUCCGUAUCGCUGAGGGUAUCUGGCCUGAGGAAGUCCAGGAGCGCAAGUUCUUCACCCCCCGCGGAGAAUACAGAGUCGAUGACCAGGCGACCGAGACUAUGAAGAACAGCUUGAUGUACAAGAUGUCUUACUACAACUACAACUCGCUCUUCCCCGCUGGUCAGGCUCAGGACCGUGUUCGUGGCGUCCGUCUCCCCGACGUGGGCCCUACCUUGAACACCGUCGAGGAGGCCUUCACCAGUGAGAACUGGAUCAUCCGCAUCUACAAGGUCAAGGACCUUGACAACAUUGGCCGCGAUCACGUGGCCGCUGCCGCCUUUGAAAGAGGCCAGAAGAAGAAGAAGCCGACGAAGAAGCGCGGUCCCAGAGUCCUCAGAGUUGACUAA